CGCCGCCCGGGCGGUUCUGGGAUAGCGAUGGGGACGCCCGGGGCCUCGGCGGGUGCUCUCUUUCUGUCCUCUGCGUCCGCGCCCCCGAGGAAGCGCGCGGCUGGGGAGGCCGGAGAGGCCGGGGUUGCGAAAAGCAAGCAGCGGGUCCUGGAUGAAGAAGAGUACAUCGAGGGACUUCAAACAGUUAUCCAGAGAGACUUCUUCCCUGAUGUGGAGAAACUACAGGCACAGAAGGAGUACCUGGAGGCUGAGGAAAAUGGAGAUUUGGAGCGCAUGCGCCAGAUCGCCAUCAAGUUUGGCUCUGCCUUGGGCAAGAUCUCUCGGGAACCUCCGCCGCCGUACGUUACUCCAGCCACCUUUGAAACUCCUGAGGUACACCCGGGCUCUGGUGUGCUAGGCAGCAAGCCCCGGCCCCAGGGCCGAGACCCAGAGGAUGCAGGAGAGGCUGGAGAGGAGGAGGAGGAGAAGGAGCCGCUGCCCAGCCUGGAUGUCUUUUUGAGCCGCUACACAAGCGAGGACAAUGCCUCUUUCCAGGAGAUCAUGGAGGUGGCCAAGGAAAAAAGCCAUGCUCGCCAUGCGUGGCUGUACCAGGCUGAGGAGGAAUUUGAGAAGCGACAGAAAGAUAAUCUUGAACUCCCAUCGGCAGAGCACCAAGCCAUUGAGAGCAGUCAGGCUGGAGUGGAGACCUGGAAGUACAAGGCCAAGAACUCUCUCAUGUACUAUCCCGAGGGUGUCCCUGAUGAAGAGCAGUUGUUUAAGAAGCCACGGCAGAUAGUACACAAGAACACACGUUUCCUCCGGGACCCCUUCAGUCAGGCUCUGAGCAGGUCCCAGCUUCAGCAGGCAGCUGCCCUCAAUGCCCAGCACAAACAGGGCAAGGUUGGCCCUGAUGGCAAGGAACUCAUUCCCCAGGAGUCCCCCAGAGUGGGUGGCUUUGGAUUCGUUGCUACUCCUUCUCCUGCUCCUGGUGUGAAUGAGUCCCCACUGAUGACAUGGGGAGAGGUUGAGAACACACCCCUGCGAGUUGAAGGAUCUGAGAGCCCCUAUGUGGACAGGACACCUGGACCCACGUUCAAGAUCUUGGAGCCAGGACGCAGGGAGCGUCUGGGCCUGAAGAUGGCCAAUGAAGCAGCUGCCAAAAACCGGGCCAAGAAGCAGGAAGCAUUGCGGAGAGUGACAGAGAACUUGGCCAGUCUUACUCCCAAAGGCCUGAGCCCAGCCAUGUCCCCAGCCCUACAGCGCCUCGUAAGCAGGACAGCCAGCAAGUAUACGGAUCGUGCCCUGAGGGCCAGCUAUACACCAUCCCCAGCACGCUCUACCCACCUCAAGACCCCAGCUGGUGGACCGCAGACACCCACAAGCACACCAGCCCCUGGGUCUGCUACACGCACACCUCUCACACAAGACCCAGCCUCCAUCACAGACAAUCUGCUGCAGCUCCCUGCCCGGCGCAAAGCUUCAGACUUCUUUUAAAGCCAGGCCUGGCUGGACCUGUGGAUGUUUUGUAGGACACUUUGUGGAGCGUCGAGGGCAGCUUUGUACUCCUCAGAGGAUCCAGGCCUCGGAGCCCCAGGCCACAGGCAGUUGACUAUUCCAGGAACCACAAGUAUACAGUGCUGCUGCAUGACCAGGGUGGCACAUUAUGCUAACUACUCUCUUGGGAGUAUAGCGUUGGUGCUGUCCCCCAGGGCCCUGCUGAAACUGCCUUCUAGUAAACCCCCAAUUGAAUCUCAUUAAAGAACACCUGGCACUGUCUGGCCGGGCUGCCGAUCCAUGUCCUGGGGCCCAUGUGGGUGUCUUGGGAUCUCGGGGUUAGAAGCAAGGGGCUCUAGGGAAGGAAACCUUGGCUCACAGAGCUGCCUUCUAUGCUGAGAUCACCCCAGAGCCUUCCACUGUAAAGGGUAGCACAGACCCCAAACGUUGCACCAUUGCGCUCAUGGGCCUCUCAGCCAGGGCUGACCAUUGGGUCUGUUGGUUAUGGGAGGCUCACCAGAACCAAUCCUCUUCCUGUGACUUGAGCAAGUUCCUCCCAGCAAUCUGGCUGCCUCCCAGUGUUUUCAGCUCUGCCUACUGGACUCUGCUGAGACACCAGCUUUACCUCAGCCUGAGCUGUACUCUGAGAAGAAAGAGUGUGGACUACCUGCAAACUAGAGGCCAGCUAUGCCUAUGAGCCUGUGCCUACAGAAAGACCUAAAGGGUCCCUGCUCAGCCUAACAGAGUCAAAACACUGAUCUAGUUUUCAGGCCUCAAGUGGCUUCCUAGGGCCGCCCUCUGAACAGCCCAAGCUGUUGAGGCAGCCUGAAGCACACCAGAGUCUUCUCACUCUUGGUCUUGCUUCGAUUCCCUGAGAGCCACCUUUUCUAGUCUGCUGGCAUUGGGCCUAUCAAGCCCAGCACUCACGUUCUCUGGAGACCACCGAGGUUGGGUACCUUCCUCCUCGGGCCUUGUACUUAGUUUUUGUCAGUUUGACAGAAGCUAGAAUCACCUGGGAAGAUAGAACCUCAGUUGGAGAAUUACCUCAUCAGAUUGGCCUGACAGCAUGUCUGCAGGCAUUUCUUGUUGCUAAUUGAUAGUGGUGCUUGGGCAAGUGGUGCUGGGUUGUGUAAGAAAGCCUCGGAGGAAGCUAGAAAGGAAGCCAGCCAGGAAGCAGCACUCCUUCAUGGUUUCUGCUUCAGCUCCUACUUGAGUUCCUGCUCUGGCUUCCCUCAGUGAUGGACUGUGACCUGAAUGUGUGAGCUGAAUAAACCAUUUCCUCCCUUAAGUUACUUUUCUAUCAAGUGUUUAGUGUUUUCUAUCAAGGCAACAGAGACAAACUAGGCCAGGCCUCUACUAACCAGAAGCUCCCCACAGUGAGGCAACCCUGGGACCCUCAGGGCUGGAGCUGGGAUCUUCUGCUCAGGAAGCUUGAGAUUUAAACCAAGGAUUCCUCCAGUAAGAGAAAGCAGAUACUGGAGACAGGGAGAAUGGGUGUGGUCUGGGUGCUGGCCACCUCCAGCAUUUGGCCAGUAUGAGGGAGUCUUUAAGGAGAGGUGGAACCAGGAAAUGGUGCCUAAGGCACUUUGAUUGAGGGCUGCUAAGGAUCUACAUUGCAGGUCUACAGAAUGGGUAAAAUAGCAACAAGUUUCCAGGCGAGCUGCCCCAUUCCUGGGGUUGGUGAGGGUGAGACUUGCACAGGAAAGGUCUGAAUUUGAUUGCCCCUGAAGUGAAUGGACAAUGAGCACUGUGUAAGAACAAAACAGGGGCGGGGUGGCUUGUAUUGCUUAAGAUAAGAGAGAGGCAUGGAGCUGUCCAGUACUAGAGGCCUUGGGGAUGGAGGAAAGUCAGAAGCCAACAAGUGUGAGCCUAGCAAAAGGACCUUGAUAGAGGUCCCCCUGCCACAGGCCUCACUGAGUCUGCCUGUGCCUGCAUACAGGUUCCUAAACCCCUGUGCUGGAGAUCCCCGCGCUGGAUGAGUCCUAGAGAAAAAGACUCCCCACUGGGCACUCUCAAUGCUUGUAUACACUUUGUGGUUUAUUUGGUGGUCAGUAAUUAAUGGCUUUGCUACGAAGUGGAAGAAAGCUAAUAGAACGUAAUCAAAAUAGUGGUUUAA